CCCGUCUGCUAGGGCGACCAGGGGUCCGAAACGCCGCAUAUGGAGCGACCGUCUCGUCACCCACUGCGCUUAGUGACGGGGAGGUGGUCGCCCGAACGGAGCCGCAGCAUGAUCGAAUAUCAGGGGUCGAGCAAGAAGGACGAGCAUCUCUUGAGUCGGCUCCACGACCUCGCCAUCUCCAUAGCGCGUGAAGAUGUGGACGUGCCAGACGACGAGAGCAUUGCGAACAAUAAGCACGAAGAGAAUGCUCACAAGUACUCAGCACUACUAAGCAAGCAAAAGGAUAGACACGAACUCGGCAGGUCCGACGACGAUGUCAUCGACAACGCCAUGCGGUCCUUAAUUGUCAAGCAUAGUAUUGCGCUUCGACCAGUGGUCUCAGAGGCCAUUGCGAAGACGUACAAGAGCUUGAAGGAGGCCGUGCGAGUGAGCGAAGCCUCUGUAAGAGCAUCGAGGCAGCGCGCUGUCGACAGAGGAGUGAUGACGUACUUCGAAGAACCUGCUCUUAACAGCGAUAAUCUCGGCUCUGCCAUUCGGUUAAUCCUCUCACUCGCCGGCCCUCCCGACGUACAGACUGAGGUCUUUGCAAGUCUUCAGUCAGAGUCGCCCCGUGCUAGACUGUACCUCACUGCAGCAGAGAAGCAGGAUGCUGAACGGAGCGAAUGGAAGCGCAUUUUGGCCGAGGAAGGCGAUGAUGCUUUGUACAAGGACUAUGAAGACGAGGAUGGGAUGGAAAGCGAAGACUGGAGCGAUCUCGAGAGCAGUAAUAGCUCAAGCGAGCAAGAAGAAAGCGACAGAGAGGAUAUCAGGCUGGUUUUCAAAGAACGUUUGGAAGAUAGGGAGACGAAAGGGCAGUGUCUGCGAAAGGCCAGAGACGAGACCUUCGAGCAGAAUAAAAGCAGGAUCGCCGAGGAGUCUCUCGAACAGCAUCAAACGAAGCUUCGAGUCAUUGAUCAUGCUGAGGCUGCAGGCUACUGGGGAGAAGACCUGCCCGGAAGGCCUUCAGGGGCGAGCGGCUCGUACGACAUGACAUUUGAGGGUCGAUUCCUCCUCGAAGUCGAAGUCAUGCGAGAAGUUCUCAAAACACUUGAAGCCAGGACAGCAAAAGAAGGAAGCCCAAGCGUCCUCUUCGAAUGCCAAGAUGGUACCUGGUCGCUGCGGAAUGAUGCUGCACAGCUUCCACACCUCACUUCAGCGAGCUAUGCUUCCCUGCUCGCAGUGACCGCAGACAUGGCAACAUCGCUCUCGCUACUUUGGGGCUAUGUCGACGCGAUGACUAAAGAGAGCUUGUCAAGGACAGAUGUUCCUCCCACUGCUCAGCUAUGCGUCGAGGCGAUGGCUUCCGAGAUAGAAUCGCUGUUGGUGACUUUCGCCCAGAGACGAGCGAACUGGGAUUGCACACUCGCUGCUGCAAUGCGUACGUCCAGAGGGAGCAACUCAAGCUCAACGUCGACGACCGUCCACCUCGAAUCACUUCUUCGAUCGGAAUUCGCCACGCUCUCUAUGUUGGAAAGCGUUGUCCGAGAAAUUGGCGGGCUGGACGAACCUCGGCGCCUUCCAUCGGUCGCCAGCCUUCUGGAUACCCUUCAUCGAGCCUUGACUUUUGGCUUGUUGCUCCAAGACAAAGCAGAAGGAGAAUUGUCAGAUUACGCGCAUCAACCCAACACCUUGGACCUCGCCCGUUGCUUUCUCGUCACAGCAAGGCCCGCCUGGAACGACGUUCAGACGUGGCUCACUCGUGGAGCCUUUACAGUGGUCAAAGAAAAGGAUCGAUCGGAAGCGGCGUAUCGGCACUUUUUUGCCAAAUCAGGCGCUACAGAUGGUAUCCUGGAAGCCGAACACUGGAACAAAGGCAUCGCAGAGAUUCAAGACAGCUUUCCAAACUUCUUGCAGCCCCUUGCCUUGGACAUUAUGAUGACAGGCAAGACGGUCGGCUUGUUGAGAGCGAUGGGGUUCGAUGGAUUCCUGCGGUCGAUCUCGUGGACCGAAGAAAGCGACAAGUGGACUUUGGAAGCAAUCAUGAGAGCUAAUAUAGAGGGAGGGAUCACUGACGAAGAUCUGGAUGAUGAGGGAAGUGCAAGCCUGCCCUCGGAUGCAGGAAUGAACGCCCAAGAAGAGGGAAAUCUCUUUGUCACACAAAUGACGAGACAUUUCAAUGCAGUCCCCGAUGCGCGUCCGACUGACGAACUAGUCCACGAGGCGCUCUUCAGCCAUGGGCGUCGUUCGCCAAGAGUAAAGACCGUCACGACACCAGAAAAUACCGAUUCCCACGACGAGAUUGUACGGUGCCUGGACGGCAUCACCUUUCCUUCCGUCCUGGCAACACAGCUUUCGCCGAUCUUUUCGCUCGCUCGGAAACGGUUGCACGAUGUCCUAUUUGCUCCACGGGGCGAAGGUGGGUGCGAUCUGAUGCAGCACCUCGACACACUGCAAGGCCUUUAUCUCAUGCGACGAGGGGCGGACAUGGGAGCGUGGUGCGAGGCCAUCUUCGAGAGACUCGAUCGUGGACUCGCCAUUUCGGAUUUCCACAUUCUCAACAGCGCAUUUCGGGAGGAGACAUCGGCGCAUAGCUGGCUUGAUACAGGUCUGGUUCGUUUUUCAUGGGCAGGUGCAGCUUCCGAGACCCUUUCCGAAAUCCGCGACUUGCGCUGUAUCCUCGUCGAAUAUUCGGUCCCUUGGCCUCUCAAUUACCUCUUUACGCCGGCCGCGCUCAGAGUCUACCAAUCAAUCUUUACUCUCUUGCUGCAGUUGGCUCGAAGCAAGGCGGUGCUCGAUCGGACAGGCCGCGCCCGACCAGGCGUCUUCCUAGUCCGAGCUCGGCAACGUGACGGAAUGUCACUCCAGGAAGGCCACUUGCAGAUCGGCAACGGUAGAUCGACCGCUGCUCGCCCUCCUCUGGCGCAACCAAUGUCAGCUCUGCAAACGACGGAGAAUGCAGAAACGAGGCUGUUUUACGCUGUGCGCAGACGCUUCACCUGGAUCAUUUGCAUUUUUGGCGAAUACGUGGGCAGAGAUGUCAUCGAAAGCGAGAGCCAAAGAUUGCAUCUGCGAUUCCGAGAGGGUAUGAUCUCCUUCGAGGAUCUCAUUGAAUCGCACUCGAGCAGCCUGGAUCGUAUCGCUUGGCUGUGUUUCUUGAGCGACGCGCAUGGCGAUGACGAGGCGACCACGUUGGUCCGAAAGGCGCUGUUGGACAUUAUGGAUAUGGCUCUGAAGUUGGCAGGGGCAUUCGCAGCAUAUACAGGCGACUUCGAUGCGGAGCACAGCUUACACGUCGAGGAGCGCGAGAGAAAACAGAGAAGGAGGAGAAGAAGAGAGAGGAGGAGAAGCAAGGGCGAGAAGAGCAACAGAAGGGCAGGCACAGCGGACGAUGAAGAUGAGGAGGAAGAGGAGGAAGAGGAAGAGAUCAUGGGCGAAGUACAGAGGGAAGAGGGUCUGACGGCAGGAGGCGUGACGACGAUGAGCACGACCUUCAGCACCUUCUUCGAUGAAGACGACCACGACAGCAAUGAGAGCCUGCUCGGCUUCGUUCGACGUCUCGAUAUAAAGCUCGACGGUGCGCUCAACCUAAUACAGAAACAAUUGGGGGUGCUCGCAGCAAGGGCUAGCGGUGAGGCCAGGCACGAUGAUCGCGAGGCGCUACAAAACCUCCUCUUUGCUCUCGAAGGUUGAGCCAUGUCCGAAAGUUGUGACAAUUGUAUAGUAUUGGUACAGUGCAACAGAUGUGCAAUAGAGAAAAAGGACCUCACUACC